AUGGAUGCCAUCAGUAACAUGGAUUUUGAGUUUGUUGCUUCUGGACAUUAUGCAAAAGUUAUUCACCCCCUUAUAGAUGAAACCAAUGAUCUUUCAUUUCUUCAUCUGUCAAAGGAUAUGGUGAAGGAUCAAACAUACUUUCUUUCAUAUCUCUCACAAGCUCAACUUAAAAGACUAGUGCUUCCUCUUGGAUGUAUUCCAAAAGAUGAAGUCCGAAGGCUUGCCCGGAAAUUUGAUUUGCCUAACCAAGAAAGAAGGGAUUCACAGGGAAUAUGCUUUCUUGGGAAGAUUAGGUAUAGUGAAUUUGUUGAAAGACAUAUUGGUGAAAAAGAAGGUAUACUAUUAGAAGCUGAAAUAGAUGAUUUUUUAGGAGUCCACAGGGGCUUCUUGUUUUACACAAUUGGUCAACGCCAAGGUUUGGGUCUUCCAGGAGGACCAUGGUAUGUUGUUGAGAAAGAUGUAAAAAAUAAUGUGGUUUUUGUAUCAAGAAAUUAUUAUUCGGUUGAUAAAAUAAGACGAUCAUUUCUUGUUGGAUCCUUUAGAUGGAUCAGCGGAUCUCCUCCUCACAACUUAAACCACUUAAGAUGCAAGGUUCCACAUGGCCCGCUUUUCUAUGAUUGCAGUUUGCAUAUAGAAGAAAAAGAUGGUAUUGGCACUGUCCAAUUACCUGAAGAUGAUCAGGGUCUCGCUGCUCGCCAAUUUGCAGCUUUUUAUCAACAAGAGCUUUGUGUGGGGUCAGGGGUAAUUUUGGAAUCAUGGGAUGAUGCUAAGGGGUUUCCUGUUUCUGUUUCUGACAAGGCUCGUCAUAUUGCAAAAAUGGAAGAUAAAUCUAAGCUUGGUAAACCCGUCAAGAUCAAACCAAAACAUCAAGAUUGUUUGAGGGAUUCGAUAUGCUAAGGGGU